AUGCGGGGCCUUGGGUCUCUGCUGGGAUGGUACCUGCGAAAGAAAACAGAGGGAAGGAGAGCACAGCUCUUGGAGCUCAUGAACGCGGAGCAGCAGUCCUUCAGGCAGUCACCUAAGAAGGGUGCAAGCGGCAGCAAGAACAAUGUGCAGGCACAAGCUUCCGGAAGCUCUGAAAAGAAGGACGCAGACUGGACCGGAGUCAUCGGCUUCUUCCACCCCUUCUGCAAUGCUGGUGGAGGCGGAGAACGAGUCCUCUGGGCUGCGAUCAAAACCACCCAGGAGCACUACCCGAAAGCACUCUGUGUUGUCUAUACUGGCGACCACGAAGUGAACAAGCAGGCCAUGCUUGCGCGCGUCAAGGUUUGCCUCCCGAACACGUAA